GUUUUGUGUAUGACAGCAGAAUCUGACAUAGGUUUGUUAUAACAAAUGGUAUACAGUGGACAUGUGAAUACUAGCUUUAGUCUUUUUGUGAUUGUACAGCCUUUGCAUUGCCACUGAAAAAGGUGACGAGGGAAACACAAGAAAAGAGUUUCUGAGUUUUGACUAGCCAUGGAUGAUCUUGAUUUGAGUUUUAUUUUAUUAAUCCACAAACAGAAAUUUUGAGGCUUCCAGAGAUGAAACUGGAGUCAUCUUCUUAAACUCUUUCAAAUAUUUUCCUUUCAAAGCCAGUUUCUUUUGAUAGAAAUGAGAAGAAUUCAUGUAGAGGGAAGAAAUGUUAAUGGGUAAUGCUUGUUUCCCAUCUUCAUUAAAGCUUUGAUUUAGGGUUAGUGGAGUGAAGCAUGGAAAUGGCUGAAGGGGAACAAUUAAUAUAAUAUUUAUCUCGUGUUCUCUGAUUCUUUUUUUUAAAUGUUUUUCCUCGUCGAAGUUGGAGGCAAACUGCCAUGUGGUGAGCUCAGAUGUGAGCACAUGGCUUCUCUAAUAUCCAGGCUCUGAGAGUGUAAAUCAAUUGGGGAACACCUGGGGUUUUGGGCGUUUCAAGAGAAUCACUGCAGAGGAAGAAGACCAUCUGAUUGCUGUUAUAUGAGCAAAAAACUAAGUUUCUUUUCAUGUUUUAUAACAAAUGCUUCUUCUUGUUCAUUCUUUCUUUGGUUCCUAUUUCUCUCCUCUGCAAAUUCUCUUUCUUGUUUGAUUGUUUCAUGUCCAGAAAGAACAAACUCACCAGUAGAUCUUCCAGUUUCUGCAUUCUUUUUUUGAAUCUUACUUAGUUCUAUCUUUCAUAGAUCUAACAUUUCAAAAAAAAAAAAAAAGUAGAAAAUCACCUUCUUUAUACAUUUUCUUUUAUUUUUUAUUUUUAAAGAAUUGAUCAGAAAGGAGGUGUUAACUCGUAAGUACAUAAUUAAGAGGAGAUACAAAAGCUGAUCAGGAUCAAAUGCCUUCUCUUUUUUGUUUCUUCAAAAACCCUUUAUCAUGGAUAUCUGUUCUUGUUCUAGUUCUUGCUGCUUUUCUUGGAUUUGGGUUCUCAUCAUCCGUCCUUCUCACAUCAGUAUUAACUUUAUCUCCUCUUUUCUUCAAGUUCUUCAAGCAAAAACCAAAGUUGGUAGGUAAAUCAGUCACCCCUGAUCAGGAAACUACACCGGAAUCACCUCGCAUAGAAGAAAAAGAAGAAGAAGAAGAAGAAGAUAUUGUCUGUAAAGAACGAAUGCCUGAAGAUGAAUCCAUCAAAGAAGAGAAAGAAGAUCAGGAAGAUGCAGAUAUUGGCCAGAUUGAUGAGCACAUAGCCAGAUCAGAGAGUGACUGCUGCCUCUACCGUUCAUCAACUAGUGAUCAGGAUUCUGAAGCCGACUGGCCAUUCCAAGACAAGACAUUUCAGAUCCCGGAUGUCUUGUCUGAUGGAUCUAUUUCUGAUGAGGAAAGUCUCAUUGAGAUUGCGCUUCCUGGCGGACACUACAUUUGUAAUAAAGAAGAACCCAAGUUUAAUCUGCAGAAGAAAUUGCCAGAUUUCACAACAGCAGGUUCAUUCUUUAAGCAACAUACUCUAAUGGAGCUUUUAGCAGAACUAAAUGAGAUGAACGAGGAAGAAAACUUGAUUGAGAUUGAUAUAUCAAUGGGCUCCAUCAAGUGUCCAAGGUUUGAGAUUGAAGCUUAAUUAAGCAUAAUUAGUUAGCCACUUUAUUACAGUAACUAUAUAUAAUCAAGUUUUUGAUCCUACUGGGAUUUGGAAUCAACAAUCAAUUAAGGGUAAAUUAUAAUUUCAAUUACAUAUUAUGCUUGUAUUUAUGUUCUUAAAAUCUGUGAAGUUUCUGAGCUUAUGUUUGGUCUUCGAUCUUUUACAAGAAACUUUGGAUUCCCAUUAAAGCUCUUAU